AUGUUUUCUGCGACCUUUAAAAUUGAAGAUGAUCAAGGAACUGCUGAUGAUGAUACAUCAGCAAAUGGUUUCAAGUCACGAUGCUGGAAUGGUAAGCCAGGCAACUUCAGCAACGUGUCUGUCGAAGGGAAAAGUAGUGGACCGUGGGGUAUUUGGAAGAGUGAAGCUGUGUGCCCUGAGGGGUCAGCGAUUUGUGGUAUUAGUUCCAAAUUUCAAGAAUCUCAAGGUUCAGGUGACGAUACAGCCAUGAACGGCGCAUUCUUUAAGUGUUGUUCAUUAAAUUCAGCGAGAAGUGAUGAAACUUCCGAACUUCGACCAUCAGUUGGUCCAUUUGGCGAUUUCCAUAGAUAUGUAUAUUGUUCUGAAGGUACAUGGGCUUAUGGUUUUCAACAACGGGUUGAAUCAGCCCAAGGCUCCAGCGAUGAUACAGCAUUAAAUGCGAUUCGUUUGUAUUGUAGAAAAAAGGAUGGUACAGGCGUUGAAAGCAUAAGUUCGUAUGAUGGAGUAUGGGGUAAUUGGACUGGUGUGGCCAACUGUUCCGCUCCAAGUGCUCCGUUUAUGUUUUCAGGCAGUUUCAAAAUUGAAGAUGAUCAAGGAAUAUCUGGCGAUGAUACAUCAGCAAAUGGUUUCAGGUCUCGAUGCUGGAAUGGCAAGCCAGGCAACUUCAGUAACGUGUAUGUCGAAGGCAAAGGUAGUGGAACGUGGGGUUUUUGGAAGACUGAAGCUGCUUGCUCAGAAGGAUCAGCUAUAUGUGGUAUCAGUUCGAAGUUUCAAGAUUCGCAAGGGUCCGGUGAUGAUACAGCAAUGAAUGGCGCAUUCUUUAAAUGCUGUUCAUUAUAA